AUGGCGCAUUUCCUCAGAGGGAAGCAAGCCGGCGUCCAGAAGGACUUUUCCGAAGGCUUGUCGCCGGAUUUGUUUGGGCUCGAUGAUUUUGCCCGCUACGGAGUGAAUUCUCAGAUUAGCGCCAUUGCAUACGAUCCUGUCCAGUCCCUCCUUGCCCUUGGAACCAGCGACACCCAGUUUGGAAGCGGCCAGAUCUAUGUCUUCGGCCAGCGUCGUGUCUCCGUCGUCUUGUCCCUACCCCGGAAGGCCUCCGCCAAAUUUCUCCAGUUCUGCGCCGACAAGCUGGUCAGCGUCGAUUCCAAGAGUGAAAUCUGCGUCUUCUCGUUGGAGACCCGACAAACCCUCUUCUCAUAUGCGCCGCCGAGCUAUGUCAGCGCUCUGUUGACGGAUCCUAGUCUGGACUACGCCUUUAUUGGUCUGCAGAACGGCGACAUCAUCGCUUACGACCUUGAUCGGGAAAAUCUCACCCCUUUCAGAGUCCCCAACCUCUGGGCCGAGCGCAAUCCCCGCGCGCGCAUUUGCCCCGUCAUUUCAUUGUCCUUCUCGCCGCGCGAUAUCGGGAAGUUGUUGGUCGGCUAUCCCGAAGGUGCCGUUGUAUUUUCAUUCAAGCAGAAUGUAGCCCAGAAAUACUUCCAAUAUGAGGUUCCGCCGGGUGCCUUGGGUGGGAACUGUGACGUUCCUUCUCCCAGCCUGCGCCGACCUCAUUUGACCCGGGCAUUGUGGCACCCGAAUGGAAUCUUCAUCUGCACUGUUCAUGAUGACAAUAGCCUGGUGUUUUGGGAUACCAAGGACGGUCGCAAGAUCAUGGCGAGAUCCCUCCAGGCAUCCAACAUUGACCAGCCGGCUGCAACCCCCGAUAGACGCCUUUCAGCUGGUGAGGCGGUCGGUGUGAGGGACCCCAUUACCCAAGUGAUCUGGUGUGUGAAGGAGAACGGCGAUGACAGCGGACUCUUGGUCGCCGGUGGUCGUCAUAAAGCCGAGCCUAACAAGGGAUUGACCUUCAUCGAUUUCGGCCCAACUCCCAACUACCAGACCUCGUCCUGGGCGAUCAUAUCGGGCUACUUCCAGGACCCGAAACAGGUGAUGAACAUCCCGACUCCCCCCGGCGCGGAUGUUGUCGAUAUCUGUGUCAUCCCCCGCACGUCGCCGUACUACGCCGGUGCUCACGAUCCCAUCGCCAUGAUUGCUCUUUUAUCUUCGGGAGAAUUGAUCACCAUGAGUUUCCCAAGUGGCCAUCCAAUCACUCCCACUAACAUGCUCCACCCUUCCCUCACUUUUGUUCACCCUUUCGUGACCAAGACGAUACUGACAGAAGUGGAUCGUUCGGCAUGGUUGGGUCUGAGGGAGCGGAGAUCGCAAGGUCCGAAGUUCGUCAUGGGUGGUGCGGAAGCAAAGAAGCUCCUCAAGCGCUUCGAAAACCGGAAUGUCAUCACCACGGCGCAUGCAGAUGGAACUAUCCGUCUGUGGGAUGUCGGCCAUGAUGAUGAGAUUGAAAACGGGGAUAUGAUUCAAGUGGAUCUGGCCCGUGCUGUGGGCCGAGUACACAACGUGGACGUCACUGCGAUCUCUAUGGGAGGCUCCACGGGUGAGCUUUCUGUUGGGCUUCGAAGUGGUGAGCUGGUAGUGUUCAGAUGGGGCAACAAUGCAAACUUUGGCCACGAGGAACCUCCUGGCACUAACCAAGGUGCUGGACAGUUGACCAAGAUUACCCAUCGAACCGACCCCGGAUUAAAACAGGGUCUACUGCCCCUAACGCUUCUGAAUAUGGAGCAUGGUCCCGUGACUGCCGUGAAGCAUAGUCAGGUUGGUUUCGUGGCUGUCGGCUUCGAGGGUGGCAGUGUUGCAAUUCUCGACCUGCGUGGGCCCGCAGUUAUCCAUACUGCUCAAGUAUCGGACUUCACAAAGUCGAAUAAACGGGGGAGUUUCUUGAAACACCGCGGCUCAGAAGAUUCCGCCCCCGAAUGGGUCACGAGUAUUGAGUUUGGCGUUAUGACUUUGGAGGGAGAAAAUUAUUCAAGCAUCUGCUGCUUUGUGGGCACCAACCGGGGUCAUGUUGCAACGUUCAAGAUCCUCCCAGCGGAUAAUGGAGCCUACAUGGCAGCUUUCGCUGGGGCGAGCUUGUUGGACGACAAAGUCUUAAGCAUCGUCCCACUGGAUGCCGAUAAGGGCAAUCCUGCGCUGGCCACUCCAAAUGCUGUUGGUGGUCUAAGGAACGGAGUUAGGACGAACGGUGUAGUCAUUGCAACGACCGUUUCGGGCUGCAGGAUUUUCAAGCCAGCUACAUCGAAAGGCGCGCAUAAGACCUGGGACGAUUAUCUUUGUGAUGCUGCUUCAGUAGUCAAGGUCGAGGGCCGAGGUUACAGUUUGGUUGGACUUUUUGGUGAUGGCAAUGCGCGAGCUUUCUCUAUCCCCGGCCUGAAGGAGAUUGGCUGCAAGCCAAUCAAUUACAUGGCCGAUAUGAGGCGUCUCUCAGAGUCGACCAUCUGUUCCAAUGGCACGGUCUUGACCUGGACUGGGCCAUCGGAAGUUGGGCUCUUCAAUGCCUGGGGCUCUGGACAUCAGCUUCGCCAUUCAGAGGAUCAGCUCUUUAACCCGCAAGCCGUCAUUCCCCCACGGCCUACAAUUUCAAACAUCCAAUGGAUCUCUGGCACACAAUAUGUGACUCCUGCUGAUAUGGAUCUCUUGAUCGGUGGCCCGGAGAGACCCCCGUCCAAGCGGAUGCAGGAGCAAAUGCGCGCCGAGGAACAAGACCGACGGAGAGCUUUGCGCGAGGGCCGAACACCGACAAAUUUAUCCACGCAGUCCAGCAGUAGCCAAGAAGGCUACUGGUCUUACAUGCAACGCCAGGUGCAGGAGCGCACGCAAAACCUCAAUAUGGCCGGAGACUCGAUGGACCGCCUGGAAGAGAAUAGUAGUAACUGGGCCCGGGAUGUCAAUAAGUUUGUCCAAACCCAGAAACGCAAGGCAGUGCUCGGCGCACUGGGAUCAAAGUUUGGGUUCUAA